AUGCCGCCCCGUAGGGAACCCGAUCAUCCGGCUCCUACUCAGGCCACAGUAGUCGCACAAUUCCGCGACUAUCAUGCUGAAAAAUUCUCAGGGCAGGGAGAUCCCCGCAUCGUAGACGAAUGGAUUCAGGGCCUUGAGUUUAUCUUCGAGGUCAUGGAUUGUCCUGAUAGAUAUCGCGUAGUCUGCGCUCACCUUCAGCUCACUGGCGAUGCUCGGCUCUGGUGGAAUGCCUACUGGAGCAUGCGUCCCGGUGAGAAAGCGGGAUGUACGUGGGAUAUGCUCAAGGAGCUAGUCCGCGAGAAGUACUACCCCACGUAUUAUCGGGCAGAGAUAGAGCGUCAGUUCUUAUCGCUCCAGCAGGGUACUCGUACUGUUGAUGAGUACGAGAGAGAGUUUACUAGACUUGCAGCUUUCGUUCCGGACCUGGUUCGCAUGGAGGCCCAGAGAGCACAGCGCUUUAUCGACGAGCUUUACCCAGCAGUCCGUCACAAUAUUGUGGGCCACGGGACACAGACAUAUGCUCGUGCAGUUUCGAUUGCCCAUGAGGUGGACGCCAGCAUUAGGAGGGAGGUUGUCCGUGAUCGAGCCCAGCAAUCCGCCCCAGUUCAGCCAUUCACAGCUCCACCAGCCCUACCAGCUGCUCAGCCGGCAAAGGAGGAGAAGAGGAAGGGGAAGGGUGCACAGACUGACAGGAGGACCCGACAGAGACAGCAGCAGGUUCCACCGUGCCCGACUUGCAGACGACUUCACCGUGGAGAGUGCCACAUGGGUCAGGACAUUUGCUACUACUGCCACGAGCCAGGACAUUUUGUGAGCCGCUGUCCGAAGAGACUUCAACAGCAGCCCCAACAGCCUCAGCAGCCACCACAGCAGCAGCCAC